AUGACGAACACAAAGGGGAAGAGGAGAGGCACCAGAUAUAUGUUCUCUAGGCCUUUUAGUAAACAUGGAGUGGUUCCUCUGGCCACAUAUAUGCGAAUCUACAGGAAAGGUGAUACUGUACACAUCAAGGGAAUGGGUACGCUUCAAAAAGGAAUGCCCCACAGAUGUUACCAGGGCAAAACUGAAAGAGUCUACAGUGUUGUUCAUCAUGCUGUUGGCGUUGUUGUAAACAAACAUGUUGAGGGCAAGAUUCUUGCCUGGAGAAUUAAUGUGCAUAUUGAGCAUAUUAAGCAUCCUAAGAGCAGAAAUAGCAUCUUAAAAUGUGUGAAGGAAAAUGACCAGAAAAAGGAGGAAGCCAAAGAGAAAGGUACCUGGGUUCCACUAAAGUGCCAGCCUGCUCCACUCAGAGAAGCACACUUUGUUAGAACCAAUGGAAAGGAGCCUGAGCUACUGGAACCUAUUCCCUAUGAACUCAUGGCAUGA